GUGCACACAACAUAUGGGAUCAUGGAUCGGGUGUCGGAGUCCAUCGGGGGGUGCAAAAACCACUACUCCGCCGACUCCGGACAGUCCGCACACCGAUGAUAUCGAUACUUACGCGGGUCUCGGGUCUCGGGAUCGACUGUUGAGCGUUGAUCUUACGUGCGCGAACGCGUCAAUUCGCGAGCGGGCGAGUACGGCGCGGCGAUGUCGCAGUGAGCGCACGGUCGCGUUUUCGAGGACACCUCGGGGACGAGAUCUCGUCGACCCGGGUAAGACGGACGUUCGUGCAUGCAUGCGUACGUACAAGCGUGCAUGCAUGCAUGCGUGCGUACGUGCGUGCAUGCGAGCGAGCCUCGUCUCUCUCUUUCUCUCUCUCAUUCCCUUUCUCUUUCUCUUUCACCUCCCGUCACCUCGCACCUGCUUUGGGGUGGACGACGCGACGUCGCCGUCGUACCGUACCUACAUCGAGUCGUGUCGCGUCGCGUCGCUCGGCGGCGGAUUACGUAGGUUAUGAAAAAAUCGUGCGAUCCCUGGAUAAGCGCAAGCAACGUGUCGUCGUCGGGGUGUCUGACGAAAACGAGGCGUAAUCGCGCGACCAGCCUCGGGGACGACAGUAUACUAAACUUCUCCUACAUGAAGGAGCAGGAUAUACCCGAGUACCUGGAGGGCUGUGGCCUGUCGGCCUGUACAGCCAGCACGGCCAGCAGCGACAUAUCCGAAGAGAUGGUUCUCCAGGAGAUGCGCGUCAACAACAAGAAAAAGUUCUCCACCGCGUCGUCCGCCUCCAUCGGCAGCAGCAGCAGCCUAGUCGACUCCAAGAAGAUCGUUAUGGUAAAGCAUCCAGACUCGAACAAGGCGAAACCCACCACCAAGAGGAGCAAGCCGAUUCAGGCGGAGCUGGAUGUAGGAAAGGAGUUCAUCCGAUGCCGGGAGGACUGCGUCAAGCGGUUAGACCUGAGCAAGGCCAGUAUCACGAUUUUGCCUAGUUCGGUGAAGGAGCUCAAGCAUCUGCGGGAGUUCUAUCUUUAUGGUAAUAAGCUAGUGACCCUGCCACCCGAGAUCGGCUGCCUGUCGAAUCUGGAAACGUUGGCGCUGAGCGAGAACGCGCUCACCAGCUUGCCCAACACCCUGGAGAACCUCAAGGUGCUGCGAGUGCUGGAUCUAAGGCACAACAAGCUCACCGAGAUCCCGGACGUGGUAUACAAGCUCACGUCGCUCACCACGCUGUACCUGCGCUUUAACCGCGUCAGGUACGUCAGCGACAGCAUAUGUAACCUGACCAAUCUUACCAUGCUGAGCUUCCGGGAGAACAAGAUCAAGGAGCUACCCGCGGGUAUCGGCGAACUGGUCAAUCUCGUCACUUUCGACGUCUCGCACAAUCACCUGGAGCACUUGCCCAUGGAGAUCGGCAAGUGUGUGCAGCUAUCCAGCCUGGACGUGCAGCACAACGAGCUGCUCGAUCUGCCGGACACGAUCGGCAAUCUGGUGGCGCUCACGCGACUCGGCCUCCGAUACAACAGACUGACCAACAUCCCAAAGACGUUAGCAAACUGCAAGAUGAUGGAUGAGUUUAGCGUGGAAGGCAAUCAGGUGUCUCAUCUGCCAGACGGUCUGCUGGCGAGUCUCUCGUGUCUCACGACGAUUACGCUGUCCAGGAAUAACUUCACCUCGUAUCCGGCGGGCGGCCCGGCCCAAUUCGUCAAUGCCUACUCCAUCAACGUGGAGCACAAUCAGAUCGACAAGAUACCCUAUGGCAUCUUCUCACGGUCCAAAAAUCUCACGAAGCUAAACAUGAAGGAGAACCUGCUGAACGCCCUGCCGCUGGACAUCGGCUCGUGGACAACGAUGGUCGAACUAAAUCUCGGAACGAAUCAGCUGAUGAAGCUCCCGGAUGACAUACAGUGCUUGCAAAGCCUGGAAGUGCUGAUACUUUCCAACAAUUUGCUGAAACGUAUCCCAAGCACUAUAGUGAAUCUCCACAAGCUGCGGGUUUUGGACCUGGAAGAGAACCGCGUUGAUAUGUUGCCGAAUGACAUCGGCCUGAUGACCGAGCUACAGAAGCUGAUUUUGCAGUCGAAUCAGAUCACCGUGCUGCCCCGCUCGAUCGGCCACCUGAAGAAUCUCACGUAUUUAAGCGUGGGCGAGAACAAUCUGAGUUGUUUGCCGGAGGAAAUUGGCACCCUGGAUAGCCUGGAGUCGCUCUACCUCAACGACAACCCGAGCCUGCACAAUCUACCGUUCGAACUGGCGUUGUGCAAGAAUCUCGGUAUUAUGUCAAUUGAGAAUUGUCCACUGUCACAUAUACCAGCGGAAAUCGUGGCCGGUGGCCCGUCACUGGUCGUUCAAUUUCUCAAGAUGCAAGGUCCAUAUCGACCACUAUAAUUAUUUUUAAAGUUGCGUGUUUUAUAUACAGUCCAGAGUCACAUGGAUGUCGAUUCUUAAUCAGACAGAAAGAGAAAAAUAGAAAGGAGGGAAAGAAAAAAAA